UUCUGCAAUCCCCAUGCAACUUCGGAAGCAACCACCUUCAAGAGAAAAAGCAAACUCAAAUGAAAAAAUAAAAGUAAAUGUAAACAAAUUAACUUAUUGUUUCUUUCUCCAUUUACCAUUUCUCCCGUUCAUUGACAACCUUUAACCAUCACAGAUCCUCCGUCAGCCUCCUCCGCCGCCCACCGCCGCCGCCAGCUAACUUGUGGUUGUUUGUGCAUAUUAAGUACGAUAAGAAGAUUAUCUUACGGUGAAAGUUGGCGGGUCGAACGUUCGUUGUCUGGAGGUUUAUGGCCGAACCUCUCCCGGGAAAGAGACCGGCGGCUCUACUCGGCAAAUUCUCUCUCUGUCCCAUUAGGUAUCAACAGCUGGGCUGAGAGAGAUUUAACAUUCUGUAAAUGGAGAAUCCCGAAUAAUCUUCUUAUCUGUCAUUAGUUUUUAAAAUUUUGUGUUUGGGCAACACAUAAUUAACAAAAAUGGGGAAUGUUUUGGUGAAGAAGCCAAAAAUCACGCAAGUGGACAAGGCCAUUCUUUCCCUCAAAACCCAAAGGCGUAAGCUUGCACAAUACCAGCAGCAGCUAGAGGCUGUUGUUGAAGCUGAGAAGCAAGCUGCAAAAGAUUUGCUUCGUGAAAAGAAAAAGGACAGGGCCUUGUUAGCUCUGAAGAAGAAGAAAGUCCAAGAAGACCUACUGAAGCAAGUUGAUGCCUGGCUUAUCAAUGUUGAGCAACAAUUGGCUGAUGUUGAACUGGCGAGCAAACAAAAAGCAGUAUUUGAGAGUUUGAAGGCUGGAAACAAUGCGGUUAAAGCAAUACAAAGUGAGAUCAACCUGGAUGAUGUUCAAAAACUGAUGAACGACACCGCUGAGGCAAAAGCUUAUCAAGAUGAAAUUAAUGCAAUUCUGGGAGAGAAGCUAUCAGCUGAAGAUGAAGAGGAAAUAUUAGCAGAAUUUGAGAAACUAGAGAUACAGAUGUCAUCUCAAGAUCUUUCAGAUGAACGAGAAGAGAAGCUGGAUCUUCCAGACGUGCCAUCAAAAGCUCCAGCUCUCCAUGACGCAGUCGAAGAUACUCCGGGUGAAAUUUCUGAACGGAAAAAAGUUAUGGAGGAACCAUUAGCUGCUUGAUGGUGAAAAUAUAUUGCUUGCUCUCAGCCGUCUUUAUAUACAAGAGAGAUGCGUUUUUGCCAGCAUUCACUCAACAUAACUUAGUUUUCAAUUUUUUCAUUUGGUUUUUCCAGUACAUAACAUUUGUCCAUCUAAUUGGCUGAUACGAUCUUACAGAUUAAUACAAAACUUAUGUACCAAAAUGAUUCUU